AUGGUGAACGGCAGCCUUACAUUGCAGGACGACACCAACUCAUCCCUGCAGGUGGAGCAUCUUCCCUGCGCCAUAGCGAGGAACCAAGGUUUUCGAGUUUUUCUCUACAUCUUCCUCUCCGUCUGGAUCGUCUGCACUGUGUUCGGAAACGUUCUGCUGGUCAUUUCAAUCGGAUUUUUCAAGCAGCUGCAGUCCAACACCAACUUCUUCGUCAUGUCCCUGGCGGUGGCCGACUGCCUGGUCGGCCUCAUGGUGAUGCCUUACAGCAUGAUCCGCACCAUCGAGGGCUGCUGGUUCUUCGGGGGCCUCUUCUGUAAGCUGCACUCCAGCCUGGAUGUCAUGCUUUGCACUGCCUCCAUAUUCCACCUCAGCUGCAUCGCCUUUGAUCGCUACCUUGCCGUUUGCAACCCGCUGGUUUAUACCUUAAAAAUGUCCAGCGCUCGCGUGGCUUUUCUCAUCGUCAUCAGCUGGGCCGUUCCGAUACUCAUCUCUUUCGGCCCGAUUAUGUUGGGCCUCCAUGUUGUCGGGGUGGACGUCCCAGUCCCGCAGGAUGUUUGCGUGUUUCUUGUCAAUCAGAUUUACGCCGUGAUGGCCUCUUUGAUUGCCUUUUACCUUCCGAUGGCCGUCAUGCUGAUGGCUUACUGGAAGAUCUUCAAGGUGGCCAAACGGCAGGCCCAGCAGAUCAGUGCCAUGGAGAGCCAAAUGGCAGCCGGUGUCGGCAAAGACUCCAGCAAGAAGCAAAGGCACAGGAACGCCAUGAAGAGAGAGAGGAAAGCAGCCAAGACCCUGGGAAUCAUCAUGGGGAUUUUCCUCAUCUUCUGGAUGCCGUUCUUCACGGUCAACAUCGUGGACCCUUUUAUCGGCUACAGCACGGAAGUGGUGGUUUGGGACGUGUUUUUGUGGCUGGGCUACAUCAACUCCUCGCUCAACCCCUUCCUUUACGGGUUCUUCAACCGCUCCUUCCGAAGAGCCUUCCUCAUGCUCAUCGGUUGCAGGGUGUGUCUUCCUGGUACAACAGCAGGGAUGGACCUAUCACACACCAGGAAAGACCAGGCUGACCGUCAGGCAUAA